GGCCUUGAACGCAUCGUUGGAAGGUGGGUUUCUUCAGUUUUUCAGUGUUUUGGGGAGGGGGCGCCAAGCCUUUCUGUUUUCCCCGUUUGAAUCAUGCUUCAGUGAAGCGGCAGGCAGGAUAGCUGGACAUUAGUCGAUGAUUAAAGUCCAUUAAUCUGCUGGAGGAGGAGAAGCAAAACCCCGCAGAACAGCGGAAAUAAACGCUUCAUUUGGGCUCUUUAGUAGCCAAACUUUGACGUCAUUUUCUCCGGGACCCUAAGAAAAGACCCAAAUGAUCAACAUGGAAGCAUUUCCUGGCGGAAAAUGAAGAGUUUUCUCCUUUUUUUGUUCAACUCGAAGGCGAUCCGAGGAGGGGAAAGUUGUGUGGAAGGUUUGAGCUGUAAAGUUUUCCAGAUGUCUCCUCUGAUGCAAGCAGCGGCUGCUUUCUGAAACACCCAGAAGAUUCCUGCAUUUCUCCUGAAUGCAUCACAGCCCCCAGGUUGAUCAUCAAUGUAUUUUAGAGAAAACACAACAAACUUCCCUGUGAAACCAGCUGGAUUGGAUGGACCUUCAUGCUGAAUGAAGCUGGCUGCUGAUCCAGACCAAAUCAAUCAGCUGCUUUAAAGAAAAUGUUAUCUGGCUGAAAUCUGCAGGCAAGGGAAGCCCAAUGAGUGUCACACAGCCAGCUGACACUGACAGGACCCCAAGCCAUCUUAGCAAAGACCUUACGGACAAAAAACCAAAGAAUGGGAAAUCCACCUUCUCCCUCACACAUGAGUUUGAUCCAACAGGUCUGGUCCAGCGCUGUGUGAUAAUCCAAAGAGAUGAAAAUGGCUUUGGUCUGACAGUAAGUGGCGACAACCCGGUGUUUGUGCAGCUGGUUAAAGAAGAUGGAGCUGCAAUGCGGGCUGGUGUCCAAACAGGAGAUAGAAUCAUUAAGGUUAACGGGACUUUAGUGACGCAUUCAAACCACUUAGAGGUUGUAGAAUUAAUAAAAUCCGGUUCCUAUGUAGCCCUAACGGUGCUGGGGAGGCCCCCAGGGCUUCCCCAGAUGCCUCUGGAAGAGACGAAGGAGGAGCAGGAAGAACUUGGGGAAGCUGGGACGCCUCUUUCUCUUCCAGCCUCCAUCUCUCCAGCACUGGGGGAGCAGAGCAGCUUUCUGAGAGGGAACCAGUCCUGCAGCCCCAACAACCACAUCACCUGCACCCUGUCUGAUGGGGAAGGAGUUCUGGGCUCCAGGAUUUGUGAUGAUGAUGAACAGGAAGACGUUCCCCUCCUGAAGGACCAGACCUCUCCUUUGAGCGGUGAAGACGAGCCGCUGGCCAACAACCUCAACACUGCGCACAGCACUCCGAUUCCAGAGAGGUCUGAAAAAAGGCGAUCGCUCCGUCAGAGUCAGGACUUUAGCCGCAGAAAUGAUCUGAAUCUCUGCUCGUCUCCCGACACCGACUACGUUCCUGACUCUGAUUCGAGUCCCCAGUCUUCUGUUGCCACCCCUCCGUACACCCUGAACCCCCAUAUAAUCGGCGCAGAGGACGAAUGCUUUGACUUACAAGACCAGGUAAAUGGUGAGUGCAGCUGUUUUCAGAGCAUCGACUCGCUCAAGUCUCGACCGGCUCACCUAGCAGUCUUUCUUCAUCAUGUGGUUUCCCAAUUUGAGCCUGCUCCUCUGCUUUGUUAUCUCUAUGCUGAAAUGCAUAAGCAAACCAGCUCCAAGGAAAGCCGGCGUUCCUUUAUAGAGUUCCACUCUAUCUUCUUAGAUCGAUCAGCAAACCUGAAGGUACCAGUACCUGAAUCAGUUUCAUCUGAGUUAGAGAAGCGGAGGCUGGAGCUGAUCCCAGAGGAGCUGUGUAAACAAUACACUCAGGCGUUACAAGAUUCACUCCGUUCAGAUCUCCAGAAAAACCUGGAAGACUUCAGGCAGAAGCGUAGUAUGGGUCUGACCCUGGCUGAAGACGAGCUGUCCAGGCUGGACAUAGAUGGAGGCAAAGACCUGCCGGCGUUGGAGAAGGAAUGCGCCUGUGCCGAACACAUCCUCGCAAGGAUCGAGGACAUCCUGCCGACGACUCAGUACUCAGAAGAGGAGAAGUGCCAAACUAUGCAGUAUGUGAUUAGCACCUAUAUGAAGCAUCUUGGGGUGAAAGUAAAGGAACCUCGCGGCCUUGAACAAAAACGUGGACGCAUCCAUUUCCUGCCCAAGAUUAAGAGAGGUAACAAACCUGAAAAGGAUAGUGAUGAGAAGCCAAAGAAGCCUCGAUUUCCCAACAUCCUUGUUCCACGUUUGAGCAGAGUGGACUCCACGUCAUUGAAAAAUGUGGAGAUGAAUAAGCAGCGCUCUCCAAAGUUCCCCCAGCCUGCUUUUGUUAUCCCUGAACCGCCCGACCAUCCGGUCUUGAAUCCUGGAAGAAGCCGGACGAAUCAGCUCAGUCAGGGAUCAGAUACCAGCACUCAGUCCAUCCUUUCUGUCAGCUCUCUGGGUCCGAGCUCUUUGGACUCCACUGGACAGGAAACGGACUCCAGUGUCUCUCCAGUCUGUGUUCAGCCCAGACUCAGUGAUGGUGUGCCGUCUGGAGAACACCAGGAAGGCCUCUCUAGUCCAACCAGCAUUCACUUUGACUUCAGCCCCUCCAAUCUGGACCACCGAGAGGAAGAUCAGGAAGUCCUUAGAAUGGAGGUUCAAACUAUGGUGAGUUCAGCUGACAUCCAAAGCGAGGACGACCAGGGAGGAGAGGUGGAGAGUGAGGAGGACCCUCUGAAUUGGCAGAGACUUGUCAGUCAAGGUGUCUUAGCGAGUCUAACUUCGAAGGAAAUCAAAAGACAAGAAGUCAUCAACGAGCUGUUCUACACUGAGCGUGCUCACCUGCGCACGCUGCGGGUUCUGGACUGUGUCUUCUGCCAGAGACUGAACAGAGAUGGCAUCCUUCCGCCUGAUGACAUAAAGCACAUCUUCAUUAACUUGGAGGAAAUCAUUCAACUGCAUGUUUCCAUAACAGAGCAAAUGACAGCCAUCAGGAAGAGGAGUGAGACCUCUGUGAUUGGUCAGAUUGGAGAUGAUCUCCUGGCGUGGUUCAGCGAGGAGGAAGAGGAGAAGAUAAAAAGAGCGGUGGGAACUUUCUGCAGCAACCAACCAUCUGCUUUGGAGCUCAUCAAGACGAGGCAGAAAAAAGACCAGCGGUUCAACCUGUUCAUGCAGGAAGCUGAGAGCAACCGCUUGUGUCGCAGGCUGCAGCUGAAAGACAUCAUUCCUGUGGAAAUGCAAAGAGUUACAAAGUACCCGCUCCUACUGGACAAUAUUGCAAAAUACUCUGAGGAGUGUGAGGAAAGGGAGAAGGUGAAGAAAGCUGCGGAGUGCUGCAAAAAGAUCCUCAACCAUGUUAACCAGGCUGUGAAGGAGGCUGAAAACAAACAGAGACUAGUGGAGUAUCAGAGGAGGCUAGACGUCUCAUCUCUGAAACAAAGUGAAAAUCCUGUGAUCCUGGAGUUGAGGAAUCUGGAUCUGACGAAGAGAGAGAUGGUACACGAGGGUCCCCUAACCUGGAAAGUCAAUAAAGACAAAACCAUUGAGCUGUACACGCUUCUCUUGAAGGACAUCAUGGUUUUACUUCAGAAACAGGAUGAGCGUCUGGUUCUUAAGUUUCAUGGUAAAAACAUGAGCAGCGUUCAAGAUGCCAAACACAGCUUCAGCCCCAUCAUCAAACUCAGCACCGUGCUGGUUCGCCCUGUCGCCACUGAAAACAAGGCCUUCUUCGUCCUCUCCAUGUCGGAGAACGGGGUCCAGAUGUACGAGCUGAGGGCUCAGACAGUAUCCGACAGAAGAACCUGGCAGUGUCUGAUCACUCAGUGUGCCGACGCUAUGAAGGCCAAACCUCAUCACAGUAACAGACCUUCAGCUCAGUCAGAAGUGGAACAGGUUGCUGUAGAGAUCAUGAACCAAGAGAUUCCCAAACAGAGCUGUGAACCUGAAGAGACGCUGAGCGAGGACAUCCAUCCAUCAGAUAAAGAUGCCCUUUACUCUCCUGACAUUCAAACUUCUACCAACCCUUUUGACUGCGUGAAAUCAGAAGAUGAGGAAGAGGAGCUGGCAGAUGCGGUCAAACAGGAGGAGGAAGAGGAGGUGGACGAAGCAGAGCUGGAGGCUUUCCUGGACGGGCAGCUGGCAGACAGACUCCUGCAGGAAGGAUCUCGUCACGGCAUCGCGGUCGAAGACAUGGACUUAACUUUCCCCUCCUCCAAAGCUGAAGAGGCUCUCCGGACAUUGGUGAUGCUAAAGGAGACACUUUACUCACACUUAAUGGGCAGAGAGCCAGAGGAGGAGGAGACAGAGGACAACAAGUCCAGUGGGGCCCCUGAGAGUCAGCCUGGGACCCCUGAAGUACCGUCUCCUGCACAUGAGAUCCGCCCACCUGAAAGUUCAGAGAAUGAUGACCUGCAGCCUCCAUCUGACCUCACCGGGGAGUCUGAGUCAGCUGAACCUAACACAGGUUUUGUGGGUCUGGACUUUGAAGCGGGCUUUGGGGAGAGCAGCACUGAAGACGAUGUUGGGAUCGACAUGAGGAAGCUGCUGUCCUCGUCCUCACAGGCAGGGGGAGACGGCCCUGAUCUGAGCAGACAGCUGAUGACCCACCUGCGCCUCCUGCAGGCUGACCUGCAGUACCUGAAGGUAGCGUGGAGCAAAACUCUGCCUGAAUUCAAGUUCAUGGGCUGCGUCUUAAAGGACGCGGUCUACCUGGACUGGAUCCUUCAUUUCUGUGAAAAUACGGAGACCGGAAGAGAUUUUGCUGUGGACUGA